UGUCAACUCUACCUGAAAGACGUGGUCUUCUGCUCUUAUUCAAGCUCGUCAACCAUAUUUGAAUACAGAUCGCGAUGGAUAAUCAAGCCUGGGAAACCCACAAGGCCGGAAUCGAGUGCCCCUAUCUCGAAGAAGGCCAGACACUCAAGGAUCUCAAGGAACCUCUGGCAACACAUGGUUUCCCCAAGACGAAAAACCAGUACGAAACGAAAUCCAAGCAAUGGGGCUUGAAGAAAAAUCGUGGCGGGUCCCAGAAAUGGAAAUGUGUGACAUAUCAACUGGAGAAGAGGAAGGGCAAGCAGAGCGAGCUAUUCAUCGAUGGCAUCGAGUACCCGACUAACACGGUGAACUAUGGAACAUCCCGACAAGAAUGUCAAUCGAGUAUCGCCAAGUUAGAUUCAGCUGUUUCACUCCACUCAAUAUCGCAGCAGGACAUUAAGAUGUAAGUCUAACACGGGGCAUGAAG